CUGACUCGUUACAAAUGGCGACUUUGUCGAGUCAAGUCAGUGUGGCCAGAGAGCCCGAAAAGGGAACAACGUCUGUCUGUGGCUGUGGGUAGGCGGCGAUGUUUAUCACAUGGUCUAGCAUCGACCGCAUAACUCCUCAUUCUUCUUCGUCAGGGAACCUUACCUAAGCUCACUCGUCACCCGUUUUGCGCUGAUGAACAUGAUCCUCACAGAUAGACGUCAUCUCUUGCGCUUCGUGAAAAUAUCUUAGACCAAGGACUUGCAGUGAUUAUCAUUACUUAAAGAUAUUGGAUUUGAAGUUUUUUCAAAGUUAGAACAAAAAUAGUAGUUGAAUGAGGGUCAACAAGAAAUACUUCUUCCGGGACUUCAAGAAAAAACACAAUCAUCCGAUUCAUCCUACAACCUCCAAGAAUAGAAAUACCAUCGCCUUCUUCCACGUCGGCUGCGAGAACAAAUAAAUACCUCGGGCUGUGAAGUAAGUGUGCGGGUGCGAUCGAAGCGCGGUCGUCAGGAGACGAGUCACGAUGAGCGCCAAGGAUUCACACGUGAAACGGCCGAUGAAUGCGUUCAUGGUGUGGUCUCGAGGACAGAGGCGCAAGAUGGCUCAAGAUAAUCCCAAGAUGCACAACUCUGAGAUCUCUAAAAGAUUAGGUGCAGAAUGGAAAUUAUUAAGCGAUGCUGAGAAAAGACCCUUUAUAGAUGAAGCGAAGAGGCUAAGGGCCUUACACAUGAAGGAGCAUCCAGAUUACAAGUACAGGCCAAGAAGGAAAGCUAAGAGCCUUUCAAAAAAAGACACACGAUAUCAUUUUCAGUUGCCGAUGUUCCAACCGAUGCUUGAAAGCCUGAGACCUUUCUAUUCCCCUGCACAUUUGCUUCCUCCACCUGGUUUAUCUUCCGUACCAGAAAAAUCACCAGGAGAGCUCCACAGACCCCUACUCCCUCCACCACCUCUAUUCCCUCCCCACCUUCAUGGGUUUCAGUAUCCACCAGUAGAUCCUGUUGUCCUCUCAAGGUUGAGUUCGGCAGAUGCCCUAGGACUGACAAAACUUCCCACCACAGAAUCUUUAAGUCUGACCAAAAUUAGUCCAGCUGACUCAUCGCUCUUCUCCAGAUUAACUUCACAUGAUGUGUUUGGACUUUCUAGAUUAUCCUCAUCUCCCCUCCCAUCACAUUUAACAACAUCUCACUUGGCGACCUCUUCCUCCUCUUCUGGACUUCCAGGAUCAGCAGUAAGUCCUGCAUUAGGUUCACCAGGUUUGUCUUCCCCCUCAGUGCCCCAUUCUGGCUCUCCUAACCUUGCUCCCAGUUUAGCAUCGCCUGUUCCAAAGUAUGCUUCAGAUAUCUCCGCUACAAGUGUUUUAUCCAGAUUUCCUCUGGAUAAUCCAUAUUUGGGGCUAUCAGCCCGUGAUCUAGAACACCUCCGUCUACAACAGUUUCACUGUUUUGACCGGGAACAAAGAGUCAGAGAUGGACUGACAAUAUCACCACCUCCUCAUAGCAGGUCUGCAUCACCAUCCAGCCCAAAAAUAGAUGUUGACAGUCAUUCCAGAGAGUCCAGCCCUGCAAGAAGUCCCAUACAUGUAGAUGCGCCAUCAGACGAAGGGGCAUUUAAAAAGUUUUCUGAAUUAUCAAAUCGAGGGGAAGAACCUGAGACAUCCAGUGGUGAAGAGGCCAGAGCUUUUGUUCGUUACAGUGACAAGAAAUGUUCUGAAUCCGAGCCUCAAGGAGUCAAAACUUCCUCGCCAGCACCACAAGAGACUUUCAGAGCAAUACACCCAUUUUCUACGGCAAACCUUGCCACUAGUCUUUAUUCAUCAGUCCAACAUCAUUCACCUCCUACAAUUGUGUCUGCUGCGGAUAUGGCUAGAAGUUAUUUCACCAGCUGCGUCUAUCCAACUAGCACAAGUGGGUAUCCUCCAGAUCCUAGAACAGCACUUUCUUAUCUUCUCGUCAGGCCAGAAGCUAAAUACCUUGCAUCUCCAUCCCUUACUCCAGCUUCGCCACCUUCUGUAGUGCAAUGAUAUGUUAAUCUCUCUCUCUCUCUCUCUCUCUCUCUCUCUCUCUCUCUCUCUCUCUCUCUCUCUC